GCGCCAAGCCUAGGCGGGAAAGCUGCUGCGCAGGCGCAGGCGUGGAAUCUCGCCCCUGGGCGGGACCAGACCAAUCCUCUCAGACGGCUUGGCGCUUCGGUUAGGAGCGCGCGGCUUUUCUCUGGCUUUGGACGGGGAAAAUAAGCUUUUCAGAGAGGGAAGCGUUCGCGGUUAUCUCGUAAUGUCUGGUGAGUCGGAUCAGCCCGAGGCUGGACCCUCCCACGCUGGCCUCUACUGGCCGCACCCCGAAAGAAAUCAGCCUGGGGUUUCGGGAGGAGUGAUUCGAAGGACCAGUAGCCAAAGGUACAAGUCCUGGAUCCAGAAGGUUAUUGAGCAAAUAACCGGAUCCCCUAGACAGUGUGUCGCCCUUAGCGAUGUGGUGCCUGUCACUGUACUGGCCGUCCAAAGAUACCUUUUAGAGGAUGAGCCACGGGACAUGGUGCCCAAGCUUCCCUUUUACUGCUAUGAUGUGACGAUCUCGGACGGGGUGUACCAGGAGAAGUGUUACUUAGACCCCAGCUUAAACUUUCUCGUUUAUCAGAAUAUUCUAAAAGUUGGCAUAGAAGUGAGAAUUUUCAGAGUUUCGUGCCUUUACAACGAGAAAAGAUUGGGCCAGGGAAUCCUGUGCAUAGAUAAGGUCCACUGUGGGGAGACCCUAGAUGUCCUUUGUGUAGAAACUCCAUUUAGAAAUAGAAUGCAGGAGGAAAAGCCAGAGAGGCCCCUGAGAGGCGGCAGGAGCCACUACCUGGCUCUAUGGAACAACGAGGAUCCCUACGGAGAUAUCUGGAAGACCAACAAGCAUCCUGAAGAAUUCAGUUUUAAUAACAUCAAGAUAAUCUCUCUCUCACACCUUGAAAUGACCUGGAGUAACAGAACGGAUUUUCCUGCCUUGCUUGUGAGGAUUCUGCAUAAAUCAAAACUGCGAUACUAUGGGAAACCUAAUAGAAGUAUGAUUGAGCCAUAUCAGAACUACUUGGAAGUCGCUGACAGUUCCGGCAUGGUGUCAGUGAUUAUGUGGAAUUCUAUGUGUCUCGAAUGGUAUAAAAGUUUGAAAGUGGGCUUGAUUCUUCUGCUUCAAGAUUAUACUGUGAAGAAGAGCCACCCAUUCAGAAUACAGCCUGACCCUGUGGACCCACAGAUGAAACUCAUUUCUACAAUAGAAAUCUGCCUGAAUUUUCGAGAUCCUCCAACUAAAGUGGUUAUCAUUCCAGAAAGGCAAUUGAAAUCAGAAUGGAAAUUGCCAAAACUAUGUAACCGAUUUGUUACAAGAUCAGAACUAGACACUGUGCCAGAAAAAGCAAUCUGUGAUGUUGUUGGCAUGUUAACUUUUGUGGGAAGGGUGCAACGGACAAAAAAGAAAGAAAAUACUGAAGACUUUUGGUCAUAUCGCUGGAUCCACCUUACUGACGGAACUUCAGAGCAACCAUUUAUAGUGCAGCUGUUUUCUACAUCUCAGCCAGAAGUCUUUGAAAACAUUUACCCAAUGACAUGUCUUGUUUGUACUCAGUUGAGAGUUGUUAGAAAUAAAAAUCAAGUACCUAAUCUGCUUCACCUCACCACUACAAGUGAGAGCUGCAUUUUUAUUGCUGGUCACAGAGGCCAACCGUAUGCAUAUGAUAGCAAGGUAAAAAAGUGUAUGCAGUGGAUUAAAACAAAGACUGAUUCAGCAGUAAAGAACACUGCUUUUGGUGGCUAUUACCCUUAUCCACCUGUUCCAGAGACAUUUGCCAAGUACAGUCGCUUGAUUAGAGCUGAGUUGCUCUUGACAGCUAUAAGCGAAGUGAAGAAGGUGACCGAAGUCUUGCAGUACAGGGAGCAGAGGCGCAUUGCAAUUCAGGGGAUAAUCGCUGCUAUAAAGUACAUCCCCCACAACCACUCAUCUGAGAGUGCCCCAGCAUCAGAAGCACUUCGGACUGACAAUCAGCCCUCAACUUCUCAGGAGGUUAGAAGAGAAGGUCAUCAUUAUGGAAGAGGUAGCAAAAGACCUCAAGAUGACAGGUCAGAGGGCUCUCAGCAUUCUCGGUCUUCACCUACAACUUCGAGUGCCAGCGCAAAAAGAAGAAUUAUUCAAAGCCCAUCUGCUAAUCCGGUUCCUGUACCACAGCCACAUUCUUCUGCACAAGCUAAGAGAAGCAGACACUACGUACCCUUACACCGUCAAGAAAGUUCAAGUGCUGGUUCCAGAGGGAAGUCCAGAAGAGUAGCAAGUGACAGAUGGGAGAGUCAGCUGUGGAGAGACAAGAAGUGCAGCUUGAGAGACCACCUACACUACAGUCGUGUUUAUCCUGAAAGUAUUCCACGGAAAUUUAUUUCCGAGCAUGGGAAGUUUCUCGCCCAGCAGUUUAAUACUCAGCCUGCAAAGUAUGUACCCUCAGAAGGAAACCCCCCCAAACUCAGUGAAUUUCCGAGUGCUCGAAGCCUUGGCCAUUUUGAAGUAACCAUCCUAGGUUUGAACCAUGAGAUUGCGAUUGAUGUUGCGUUCCUACCUGUGUACUCUCCAGAGGAUGUGAGGACAUCUCAAAUAGACACGUUCUUGACCUGCAUGAAUUACAGUUGUGUGUACCCACCAGAAGCACCUGGCCAUGAAAAACUGCCAGGUUCCAAGGCAGUUGCAGGUGAUAUUGUAAAAGAAGCAGCUGAACUGGAUAGAGUCCACGUCAUCUGUGUCUUGGAUAUCUUUAAUUUGGGUAACAAUAAAGGGGAGGUCUUUUUGCAUAAGAUUUAUACCCCAGAAUAGGCUUCUUAAAGAUUAGCACACAAAAUAAUUAUAGGGUAUAUAUAGAAUGCUGCUUUAAAGAGAAUCUAUUCUUUUCUUGGUAUUUUCAUCAGAAUAUUCCAAGAACUCUAAAGUUAAGUGGUUUUCAGUUCAUCUUGUAUUUGACAUUCUCACUUCAUUAUUAGAUUCAUUAUUGAAAAACCAUCAAGACAAUUUUCUGUCAAAAGUUUCUUCAGUAGUGUGUGACUACUUGUAACAAUUGAUGUUAUACUGUUCCUUCUGCAAAGUGUAUCUUUAUUCCAACAUCUCUGUACAAUGCAUCCUGGCCAACACAAUUUAACAUCCCCCUGAUUUUAUUCACAUAUGGUGAUAAAUCUUGCUUUACAAAUUUAAAGACCAAAUUAUCAUUCUCCAAAAGUGAUCACCUAUAUUUUUUUCUUUUUUUAGUAAAAUUUUUUUAUUAAAAAUUUCCACUUCCUCCCCGCCUCCCUUUCCCUCCCCCUCACCCCACUCCCCACACCCCACUCCCCCCCUCCCUCGUCAGCCCAAAGAGCAGUCAGGGUUCCCUGCCCUGUGGGCAGUCCAAGGUCUUGCCUUCCUUGCUCAUGUUCUCCCUCCUUCUUUUCCUCAUUUGGACCUUGGGAGCUCAGUCCAUUGCUCAAACAACGUAAUUCCUAUCAUGUCCAGAAAUGUACAUACAGAUUGUAAUGUUCCAACUGCCCUCCCUUCUCUACAUUUGCUAUAAAAUGAAUAUAUUGAAUGACAUUAUUGUAUAAGUUUUCAACCAAUUUCCAAUACCUUGAAGUUUUAAGUAUUUUGACCAUUGUAUAAUGUUAAAGCCAGAGACUACAGUAUGUCCACAUUCCUAUGUUUAUUUGCAAUUUCAGUAUAUGUGAUGUGAUUUUAGACAGGGAAAUUGUAUCUCACAUUAAUAUCUAAAGUGCUUAUAUUGAAAAUAAAAGGACAGUAAGUAACAGAAUUUGUUUCGGUCUAGCUCUCUACUGUGUUUUAAAGGUAAAUGAUCACUCUACCUUUGUAAAGACCUGUGUCUGACACCCAUGCGGCUAAAUAAGUGAGAUGUCAAAUGAGAGUAAAUAUUUCUGUAUCAAGAUGAAUCUGAUUGUGGUUGAGGUAGAAACUCAGAAGCAUUCUUUAUGGCCCUAUAAUUUUGCGAUGUCAUGUGCUAUACAGUUUUAAUGUGAUAGGAAGCCUAAAAACUUAAAGGCAUACUGCAUUUUGUCCAUAAAGGUGUUCAGUUUUCUUUGUAACUGUAUUGAGGGUUAAACUGUGACUCCUUUAUGUUAUUAGUUUCAUAGCAGUAAUAAAUAAGUUAACAUGCAGUAACUUCUUUGGUCUCCUGUCUCAUUUUGAAUGCAGUUCAUGUGUGUUUUCCAUAUUGGAUGGCACACAUAUAUGUGUGCGUGUGGUUAUAAGUGAUCCAAGGUGAUUUUCUCACACUGCUUUCAAGACUGUCAUUUUUCAAGUAGAAUUUAGGAUUUGGGGUUUAUUUUUAAAGGGCAAUUUGAUUUUAGAACCACAUGCAUAAGGGGGAAUUGACAUAGCUGUUAAUUGAAAGGCACAAAGAUAUAAAAACUCUACACAGGCAUACUUUUUGUUCUUAUAUUGAAGUUUAUAUGCUAGGGGCUGGGGAUGGAGAGUUGGCUCUGUGAUUAAGAGAACUUAUUGCUCUUGCAGAGAACCAGGGUUUGGUUCCCAGUACCAACAUAUUGAUUCACAACCAUCUGUA